AUGGAGAAAACGGCGGCUCAAACGCCAGCGGCGGUCCCGUCUGCGUCGCCGCCCCCACCCCCACGACCCGACAAGCCAGCUGUUUCAACGCAGACUGCCCAGCUCGACGAGUCGCCGCCCCCACCCCCACGACCCGACAAGCCAGCUGUUUCAACGCAGACUGCCCAGCUCGACGAGUCGCCGCCACUGUUGGACACCGCCAUGUGCGAAACUCCACGACUGGCAUCUUCCGUUCCAACCCCUCCGCUUGUAUCCGCGUCGGAUGUUGGCGUUGCGAAACGGAAGGCCGUCACUCCCACGAGUGUCCAGCCAGCCAAGAUCCAGCCUUCCGCCUCCAUCCGAGGCAGAGACUUCGCCGCCUGGAGUCUCGCAGUGUCGAAAAUCAAGGGCGAGUACUCGAAGUACUUGGUCGGGGACACAAGACACACGGCCUCACUGCCGGGAGGCGUCAUCGAAGGAUCCUUCAAUCGCUUCCCAGACGGCAUUGAGAUCGGGAUCCACGACACGGAGCUAGGGGACGGGACGUUUGGACUUGUGGCGACGUCGCGCCGAGUUGGACUCUACAGACAAGGAGUUCUCUUCAGAGAAAUGCACAACAACAAAUCACCUUAA